AUGGAGCCAACCCUCGAUGAACCCACCGCCUCGGCUGCGAUCGCCCACCUCACACCGUCCAACGAGGCCAGCAACGGCAACACGACGGAGCUGGCGCGUGAAACCCGGCCUGACGGCGGGCAGCAAGACGAGGCGGCUGCACCGACCGAGGAGGAGAAUGGCGAAAGGAAGCUUCGAGGUUAGUGAGCAAGUGCUGUGGAAUUCCUUGAUCUGCAUGAACUCGAAGCAUGGACGACCUGUCGCUGCGGAUCAGGUGCCCCCGAUCGAUCCACCGUCGCGGCUCAGCUUCAAAGGUGGGGUGGGGCGGGUUGGGUGAAGCGGCACGUGUCCACUUGGGCGGUUCGCAGCCUCCGAUAAGCACCCACUCAUCUCGUGGACGGGUUGAUUGGACGAAUGACACAUAUUGGUCGUUCAUCUACGAACAAGGCAGAGCACUGACGGCGUUGGAACUCGCUCGACUCGACGGCGCUCGGGCCCCACGGUCUCGUCAUACGUUCGCGCCGGCGUUGAUGCGGUGCACAUUCCUGGAGUGCAUUUUCGCCCCGGAAAUACUCCAAUAUACUGACGACCCUGCCUGUUUCUCUCUGUAGAUAUCGAAGACGAAAAUCAAUCCUCUGCCCUCGCUUCGGAAGAGCCCAUCGGGGCGGGCACCGAGUCCGACAAGACUACAUCUGCCGCCGCACCGGUACCGACAGAAGAGGGAAACACCGCUGCGGCCAAAACAGCAGCGGCGGAGAAACCUUCGGUUGGUCAGAUGAAGACAACCGUGCGCAAAAUCGGCACGACCGUGUCGACCUCGACCACCAAAGUACCCGCCGCUGGCAAACCCGUCACGCGCGCCCCACUGCGAGCAUCGAUCUCUUCUGCCGCCGGAGCCAAACCGACCGCAUCACUUUCGACCUCGACCCGAGUCUCAACAGCUCCCCGAGCAUCUCUCUCCGGUGGGCUGCCCCCCAGACUUCCAGCCGCGGGCGCAUCGUCGACGGCCACUCGAGCAAAGUCGUCGGCUCCGCCCCUAUCGUCCAGCUCGACCGCGGGUACUGUAGGUCUCACCGCGCGAGAGCGCAGCAGACUCAACGCCUCAACUGCGGCGAACAAGUCAACUGUGCCCUCUCGACCCGGAUCAGCCGCCAGCGCGGCGGGCAGCACCCUCCGUUCGUCGGUGGCCGAGCCCGUCCGCACCACCACCGCGCCAACGGCGACUCGACCAACUCCAACGACCUCGUCGACACGCACGGUCACGGCAGGUGCGAGCACAGCGGGGGUCAGAAGGCCAGCAACAUCUUCGACGGCCGCAUCGUCGACUGGAGCCGCACACCGUGCACGUGCGAGUGUCGCUUCUGCAGGAGGAUUGAACGGAUCGACGUUGAAACCUACGUCUGCCGGUCCUCUGGCUGCCGCAGCCAAGAAGGCCGCCGACGAAGAACACACCAAGCAGGUCAGUGACCCCCUCCAUGUGUUUGGUCGUGUCUGAAUCCCCGAUUAAGGAUUUUUUUCCUCAGGUUGCGGACCUUACCUCACAGCUAGAAAAACUCAAAGUCGAAGUCGCCGAGAAGCAGCAAGCGGUGGAGUCGGCAUCUUCUUCGACGGCAUCGCUUGAAGCAGCACUGGCCGCGGCCGAAGCAAAGUGCGCGACCCUGCAAGCUUCGUUGGACGAGCUGGAAAAGACACAAGCUGCCCACACCGAGGAGUCGGACAAGCUGUCUGAGGAGACCGCCGUGCGCCAGAAACUCGAGGCCAAGAUCGAGGAGAGCCAACAGGCGGUGGAGCAAGCUCGAUCAGACGAGGCGGCGUCGAAGAAAGAGUUGGAGCAGGCGCUUGCUUCUGUUGCAGCACUCACGAAGGAGAAGGAAGAGCUCUCGGCUCAACUUCAGUCGAAGCAAGACGAUCUCGUGGCCAAGCGCAAGUCCGUCGAGGAGAAGCACUCUGCGCUACAAGUCGAGCAUGUAUCUACGCUGGAGCAGCUCGGGAUCAAGCACCAAGAAGAGACGAAGGCGAUCCAAGAAGCACUGGCGAAGGAGCACGAGGCGGCGAUGGCCAAGCUCAAGACCGAACAUACCCACGCCCUCGACGCGAUGUCAGGCGAACACACCAAGGAGAUUGCUGGCAUCCGGAAUCAACUCGAUGCGACGCAAAACGACCAAGACAAGCAGUUUGAUUCGCUCCAGAAGGACCAUGCCGCAAUCCAAGAGGCUCACGACGCGAUCAAAGCGCAACUCACCGUCACUAAGGAUGAGCAUGCGGCUCAGAUCAAGGCGAUGGAGGACGAACACAAGACGACGCUUGAUGCAGAACUGGAAAAACUGCGAAAACUGCACGAGACCGAGCUUGCCGACGCCAAGACACCUGACGACACCCAAACCAACAUUAACGAGAUCCUAUCACAAGCUGCCGCCGAGGUCGGAAAAGCCAAGGCCGCUGCAGAAGCGGAGGUCCAAGGCGCGAGAGAGCAGAUCGAGAAACUCAGGGCUGAACUUGAAGUGAGUUGCGGUGUUGCUGAUGAUCAGUGAUUGGAAACAACAAGCUCAUCCUUACUCCGUUGAGUAGAACAUUAAGUCAGCUCAUGCCGAAGCGCUUGCCGAGGUGGAGUCUUCACAGGGGACGGAACUCAAGGCCGCUUACGAGACGGCUCGAUCGGCUGCGGCCGAGGCUCAUCAGGAGGAACUUAAGGCUCUGCGCGUCGAAACUGAAAAGACGUUCACGCAAUUACGUGAGGCCCAUGCGAAGGAGAUCGAGGCCUUGGAGCAAGCGAGGGCGAGCGACGUCACGUCCGCCAAGCAAGAGCUCGAGGGAGAGAUCCGGGCGCUCAAAGUCGACCUUGAGGCCAGUAUCAGUGUGAGUAUUCUUCCUCUUCUGCGGAGCACUGCAUGUGCGGCCGGCUGAACGAUACUCUCUUUGCAGGACCUCGCGAAGCGAGAUGGUACCGUCAGAACCCUCGAGUCGCAGGUGGCAUCGCUGGAGGCCGAAUUGGCAAAGGCAAAAGAAGCUGCUGGAUCUGCAGAGACCAUUGCUUCAGACGAGGACAUUGGGCUCAGGGCUUCAGACGAGGACACUGAGCUCAGGUCAGAGCUGGAGCAGGCCAAGGCCGAUCUCGUGGCCGCUCGAUCUGAUCUCGCCGACGUCAAGCUCGCGCUCGGCCGCACGCAAGAGGAUGCCUUGGCACAGAUUAAUGCUAUGACCAAGAUCCACGACAAGGUCCUCGAAUCCAAGGAAGAGGAUCAUGUCAAUGCCCUUCAGGGGCUGAAGCAACAGCUCUCGAUUUUGAAGGAACAGGGUGCGAAGCAGCAACAACCACCGCCGUCGCCGAGCAAGGGCGGGGAUGUCAAUUCGUUGCAUUUGGCGCAUUCGGCCAAGGUUGAGGAAUUGCAAGCCCAGUGGAGAGGUGAACAGGAAGAAUUGCAAGCGGUGAGUGGUCCUUCCGCUUCGAGGACCUGUGCGUCUAGCUCAACGAGUACUGAUACCUUUCUUUCGUCGCUUCUGUGGAUCAGAUUGUCGCGAGACUGCAGCACGAGGUGGAUCUCUAUCGCAACGCCGAGUGA